UCCCUAGCUCAAAUUAUUGAUCACCAUUUCCCUUCAAACAUGUCACUUUUGGUGACGAUUCUCUUGGUGCCUCUUUUCCUCUCUCCAACCAUUUUUGCUUACCCUGCCGAAGAUGUGAAAAAAUGGUGCAGCCAAACCCCAAACCCUCAGCCAUGCGAGUACUUCUUGAGCUAUAACCCUAGCAAAAUCCCCAUCACGCAAAAGUCUGAUUUUCUCAAGGUCUCAAAGCAGCUUGCCCUAGAACGUGGCUCAAAAGCCCUAAAUAACGUGCAUUCACUAGGCCUCAAGUGCCGGAAUGCUCGUGAAAAGGCUGCAUGGGCGGAUUGCCUUGAGCUCUAUGAGCAAACCAUCUCACGUAUCAACAAAACUGUAGACCCUAGCACCAAGUGCACCCAAACAGAUGCUCAGACAUGGCUCAGCACCGCUCUGACUAACCUCGAGACAUGCCGGGCUGGGUUUAUUGAGCUCGGUGUCGCCGACUAUAUCUUGCCGUUGAUGUCAAAUAAUGUUUCUAAGCUAAUUAGCAACACUUUGGCUAUUAACAAUGUUCCUUAUGCUGAUAAGUUACCAAGUUAUAAAGAAGGGUUUCCAACUUGGGUGAAGGGCGGCGACCGGAAACUCCUGCAAUCUUCUUCGCCGGCAUCUCAGGCGAAUAUCGUGGUGGCCAAAGACGGGUCGGGGAAUUAUAAGACGAUAAAUGAGGCGAUAACCGCCGCAUCGAAGCGGUCGGGAAGCGGAAGGUAUGUGAUAUACGUGAAGGCAGGGACGUACAAAGAAAAUAUUGAGAUCAAAUUGAAGAAUAUUAUGUUGGUGGGAGAUGGUAUUGGAAAGACCAUUAUCACCGGGAGCAAAAGUGUUGGAGGAGGUUCUACAACUUUCAAUUCAGCCACUGUUGCUGCUGUAGGAGAUGGAUUCAUCGCCCGUGACAUCACAAUCCAAAACACUGCCGGAGCAUCAAACCACCAGGCCGUAGCCCUACGUUCCGGCUCCGAUCUCUCAGUAUUUUACAGGUGCAGCUUUGAAGGGUACCAAGACACCCUCUACGUCCAUUCCCAAAGGCAAUUCUACAGAGAAUGUGACAUUUAUGGCACGGUGGAUUUCAUUUUCGGCAACGCCGCGGUCGUUCUACAAAGUUGCAACAUUUAUGCACGUUACCCUCCUAACAAGACGAACACCAUCACCGCUCAAGGUAGGACAGACUCUAACCAAAACACGGGAAUUUCCAUUCACAAUAGCAAAGUCACGGCGGCUUCGGAUUUGAAGGCAUCCCAAAGCUCGGUGAAGACGUACCUGGGAAGGCCAUGGAAGGAAUACUCUCGCACUGUUUUCAUGAAAACUAACCUUGAUAGCUUGAUUGACCCUGCUGGAUGGAUGGAGUGGAGUGGAGAUUUUGCCCUUAAGACAUUGUAUUAUGGGGAGUAUGCCAACACCGGGCCGGGCUCGUCGACGGCCAAGCGGGUCAACUGGGGUGGCUACCAUGUCAUCACUAGUUCAUCGGUGGCGUCCCAAUUCACCGUUGCAAACUUCAUCGCUGGAAAUUCUUGGUUGCCGGAUACUAAUGUGCCCUACACGGCCAGCCUUUAAUCUGGCUGUAUUCAAAAAGUUGUUCAUGCAUGCAUGAAUGUCUUUAGUUUAAUUAUUUGUUUCAAUUGUUUCCAAUUGUAUAGUAGUUACUAGUGAGGUAAGAUCAGUAAGUUGAUUGUUGCCAGAAUAUGGAAAUAAGGCAUUUAAAUUCUUGUAUUAA